AUGGAUCCCGAAAAUACGUCCAACGUUUUCUUUGAUCGAAGAAGUUCAGUCUACCGCGGUGUUACUUGGCAUAAGGAAACAGGGAGAUAUAAAGCCUAUCUGUGGUGCAGCAACUGCCCAAUAGAGGGUCAAACCCAUAAGGGUAAACAAGGCGGAUUUGACCAGGAGGAGAAAGCAGCCAGAGCUUACGAUCUGGCAGCUCUUAAGUGUCGGGGUCCCUCAACUCUAAUAAACUUUCCGAGACAAAACUAUGAGACAGAGUUGACAGAGAUGAGGAACAUGUCAAAGGAUCAAUAUAUUCAACUCAUAAAGAGGAGUAGCGAUAGCUUUUCUAGGGGAACAUCAGCCUACCGCGGUGUAACACGGUGUCCUAGUGAUGGAGGGUGGCAGGCUAGGAUUGGCGGGGUUGCUGGGUACAAAAAUCUGUAUCUGGGAACAUUCGAUGAUCAGGAAGGUGCUGCAGAGGCUUAUGACAUUGCUGCCAUUAAAUAUAGAGGAAAAAAAGCUGUUACGAACUUUGACACAAGCAGAUAUGAUGUGAAAGCCAUCAGGAACAACACACUACCUGUAGGAAGGAAUGCAAAGCGAGCCCGAGUUGAAGAAGAAGAUAAGGAAAGCAUUGGGAAAAAUGAUGAUUUUCCAUACAAUCUGUUUCGCUUCAAACCUGCAACCAUAAAUUCGCAAAGAACUGACAACUUGUCUUCCUUCGCAAACUGUAUUGCACCCACAGCCGUUAAUUGGCAAACUAACCAUGGACUGGAGAUGGGAGGUUCCUCUGUUCCAUCAAACACUUCUCUGGCAUUUCCAUUCUCUUCUAUUCAGAAAGGAUUUGUUGUUUCAAAGGUACCAGCUUUUGAAAACCUUCUGUCUUUGUGUACCCCUACAUCCUGCUUCCCUGGACAGUCCUCAGGUCUUGUGAGAGCUGGUCAUGAUAACUUAAUGCCUGAAGCACCCUCUCUUCAGGUUUCAGAAAGUGGGCGUGGUACAGGAGCAGCAUGCCAACUUCCUAUUAAAUUCAAUAUCUGGAGUAAUAUAAGGAUGUAA